GCCGCGUAUUUGAGCCUCUUCCCCUUCCAUUCUAGGCGACCAGGAGCCCGCGGAGCGAGACCACCUGCGAGGGCGGCUGAGAUUGGCGGAGGCGGUCAUGUGGGCGGUCACGUGCUGCGGUGAGCUCCGUCCAGAAGAAAAUGGGGUUUGGUGUAAAUCUGGGGGUGUAAUGUUACCAUAUAUCACGCUACCUCGUAAAACCGACACUGAAAGCUGCCGGACAACAAAUCACAGGUCAAAAUUAUGAGUUCUUCGUAUUAUGUGAACGCGCUUUUUAGCAAAUAUACGGCGGGGGCUUCUCUGUUCCAAAAUGCCGAGCCGACUUCUUGCUCCUUUGCACCCAACUCGCAGAGAAGCGGGUACGGGGCGGGCGCUGGCGCCUUCGCCUCGACUGUGCCGGGCUUGUACAAUGUCAACAGCCCCCUCUAUCAGAGCCCCUUCGCGUCGGGCUAUGGCCUGGGCGCCGACGCCUACAACCUGCCCUGCGCCUCCUACGACCAAAACAUCCCUGGGCUUUGCAGUGACCUCGCCAAAGGCGCCUGCGACAAGGCGGACGAGGGCGUGCUGCACGGCCCGGCUGAGGCCAGUUUCCGUAUCUACCCCUGGAUGCGGUCCUCAGGACCCGACAGGAAGCGGGGCCGCCAGACCUACACGCGCUACCAGACACUGGAGUUGGAGAAGGAGUUCCACUUCAACCGCUACCUGACUCGGCGCCGCCGCAUCGAAAUCGCCAAUGCGCUCUGCCUCACCGAGCGCCAGAUCAAGAUCUGGUUCCAGAACCGCCGCAUGAAGUGGAAGAAAGAGCAUAAGGAUGAGGGCCCGGCCCCCACCGUGGCCCCCGAAGGCACGGUGCCCUCCACCUCCUCUGCUGUUGCUGACAAGGCAGAGGAGGAGGAGGAAGAGGAGGAGGAAGAGGAGGAUGACGAGGAGGAGGAAUAAAGGGCCCUGGCUGCGCCGGACAGUCAGAAAAGCGUCUUUAAGAGACUCACUGAUUUUAUUUACAAAAAUGGGCGGAAAUAAAAUGUUUUGUUUUUUUUUUUUAAAAAAAAGAAGGAAACAGUUCCCAGCCCUAAUCCCACCCACUCCAUCACCCACUCUAGCUAGCUCCCAACUUUUCUGGACUGAGCAGCCAGGGAAAUUAGGUCACCUUGGGAACCCUCUCUGGCUCUGAGGGUCCCAAUGGAUAGUCCCACCCCUAGGCCAGUGUUGUGCGCUGGCACAGCCAAAAUACUACCUAGCACAGGCCUCCUUGAGAGGCACCCCCAAACUACCUAUGGGCCCAGCCCCACUGGGCCUCCACUCCCAGGAAGCCCUCUCCAUGUCCCAACACUGGCAGACACCCAGCACCACCACCCCCAUACCCGAAAAACAAACAAACAUGAUUUGCUCAGUACUACCUACUAGCCCUAAACUACCUAUCUUGUGCUGGCUGGCUUGCCUGCUUGUUGCCCACCCCUCCCAGGCCAGACCCUUGAUGCUUCUAGUUGACAACCUUUGGGGUCCCGGAGGCUUCACUGACAAGGCAAUGGGAUCCAGGGACCAGGGCACUGGCUUCUAUUUAAAUGAAAAGAUAAUAUAUUUAUUCCAAAGCAUACCAAGUGCUGCAACCUAGAAUCCCUCUUUUUCUGGCUUUGGCAUCUCAAGUUCAGGACCAUUACCCCUACUUCUGGAGGGAAGCCUUCCUGAGCUGGCUGCAGACCUCUGGGUUAGCUUCUGCUUUGUGGGGCUAAGGAGAUUCUCUUAGCCUCACUGUCCUCUCCCCUGCUUCUGUGUCCUACUGUUCAGCCAUGUUAAAUACGUAUACCCUGACUUUUCCUACCAGGACAAAUACUGUAUAUUUGAACCAGAUUUUUUUUUUUUUGGUCAUUUCUAUAAUCAUUUGUAAAGGAAUGUCUUGACUUGGGAAGGGUGUGUUAAUGGGAUGAC